ACCUUCAACCACAAUAGGGUAAACCGCAGGAAAUCAGGAAACCGCAGGCAGCAACAUUGCUCUCUUGAGUCAGUGAGGACUUUCAGACACGCUCUCACACUCAUCACAGACACUCUACAGCCGGGCAGCUCAUUUAGCCAACACACUCCAGGAUGACAUUGGACUGAAACACAGCAAGGCAUCGUCAUCAGUUUGUUAACGUAUUAAAUGCAACCAUGCCCAUUCUGAAGAAACUCCCGGGAAGAUCCAAGAGCUGCCACGAGUUCCCCAGAGUGAACGGUGAACUGAUUCUGCCUCGCCUAGACUUAGACAUCAGGGACUUGAACGAGCUCAAGGACCUGAAGGAGCUUAAUGAACUGAAGGAACUAAACAAGAACCUGAACCCCUUUGAGGAUGUGGACCUGGAUGAUGAUGAUGACAGGAACAGAGGUGACAUGGGCCUCAUUAUGGGGGAGGUCAAGGGUAACCUCCAGCUGAAGUCGUCCUGUGAUGGUGAAGAGGAGGAGAACGAGGUAAAUGCUGGGAAACACGGGGCAGGGAAUCCUAAAGUGAAGCCACUGCGGGGGACCCUUGAGCGGAUCUGUGGAGUGUCUCCCCUUAAGACCCUUGGAAAAUUGGGAAAGGGGCUUCGCAUAUCAGGACGGAGUGUAUGGGGGAACAGCACCCCACACUACAGCCCUGGAGAUUCAAAUACACUACCAGCAGAGAAAGAGAAAAGAAAAGGACUACGCAGGAGCUCAGAGGGAAUAAUGACCCUGCUUCGCUUCACUGGUCGACGGAAGGAGGAGCGCAGAGAAAGCCUGCCCUGUGGAGACCUGAGCGUAGGCAACGAGGUAGAGACUUCCAGGCGAUCAUCCUUCCUCAGGAUGGUCAGUCUGGGCAAGCUAAAGAGGGAAUCCAUGUCAGACAAGGCAUCCCAAGAGGCGGAGGAGGAAAUGGAGGAGGAGGCAGAGGAUCCAGUAGUGAAAACCAGAGAGCCCCUCUCAGUUCUGGAGAUCUUACAGCUGGUCAAUCACAGGGACCUUCUCCUGGCUGACACACACAUUCAGGAACUGGAGCGAGAGUGUGAGCUCCUGUCUCUCCUGCCAAACACAACUCCUCCUACCCUCACUCCUACCCUGUGUCCCAGUACUCCACCCAGCAUGUUGUCUUUGUCCUCUUCCUUUGAUGAGUCCCUCAGCUCUAAUGCGACUUUGGACUCAAGCCGGAGAAAAGCUAAGGAUGUGGAGCUCCUGUAUGAAGCCCUUCAGAAGGAGAUGUGGGAUGUGGUGCGGGAGUCACUCCGCCAGCCUAGUGCUGGCCCCAACCUUGGUCUGGUGGUGCUGGUAAUCCAGCAGGAGGAGCAUGCUGAUGCUGCCUGGGCUCUGAGGGAGGAGACUAAGCCAGAGCAAGAGGUCCCCCGCAUCCAGCCCAGCCAGCGUCCCCGGCGACUGAAGAUGAAGUGGAGGCAGGCUGUAGCGGAGGCUGCAGACUGGAGCUUGCCACAUCAGGUAGACACCCAAGCAGGCCAGUUGGCCUCGUAUCUGGAGCGCCUGAAGUGUCGAAUGGUGGAUGAUCUGGAUGCAGCGAGAAGGAACGCUAUAUCUAUUUACCCAGAGGAGUUUGCAGCCUUCCAGGUGUAUGUGGAAAGUUACCAUCGAGCUGUGGCCAAACGUCUUCGCACUAUUACCAGUGGCCCACUGCAGAUCACAGACGUAUACUCACUACUUGACUGGUUCUACAACAUCUACAACAGGGAUGUCCUAGGAACAAUCGGGACCACCACACCCAUCAACUACAGCACACUGGAUGGUAUUCUGCCUCAAGAGACAGUGGAUAGGCUGGAACAAGACUGCAUUAGUGUAGUCAGGGAUAAGGUGACAACAGAGCUGAUCCAUGUGCUGGAUGAAGAGGAGAGGCGGUGGGCUCAGACUCUGCACAUAGAGGAGUAUCAGUCUCACCUAGCAUGCUCAGUAAUCCAGAGGGUAAAGGUGGAUUUGGACAGAUCUACAUCUGUGAACCAGUUUCUAGGAGCAAGAGUGGCUCGCUGCAGUCUCAUUGGAUUGGUUGACUUCAUUUACAGUUUCCAGAGGAAGGUGGAGAUGUUUCAUGACAGUCAGGCAGAAUUUGGAGACCGAGGAGAUGGAUAUGUGUCAAGGACUAUAGCUCUGGUUAACUGCUGUCCUCCUCUCAGAUCCUUUGUGGACCGCUGCAGGCAGUGUGACCCACAGGGCAGUGAGGAAUCUGCGCAGAAAGCCAACUCCUCAUUGGACAGGAUCAUCAACCAGUCAGUGAGGGUGCUGACUGACAGGCUAUUUGACCACAUCAGACCUUUCUUUGACAAACUGAUGAAGAGAAAGUGGCUGAACAACACAGAGGCCUUCGAGGCUAUUGAAGCCAGUAUUAAACAGCAUUUCAAGAAAUUUAGAAGGAUGGACUCUCCACCCUAUCAGACACUGGUGGGUGAGGUGCACCGGCGGGUCCUAGUGGAGUAUGUGAGAGCCAUUAUGAGGGGACGCCUCAUGUGCACAUCCUCCAAGAUGAGGAAGAGGAUGGCUUUCCGCCUGCAAGAUGAGGCCAAGCAGCUCAAAGGACUCUUUAAGGAUCUGGAAUCGAGCUCCUCCUGGUUGGACAGCAUCAUCUGUCACCUUGCUGACAUCAUUCUCCUGGAGGACACGCCCUCCAUCCAAAUGGAGGUGGCUGUCCUGGUGAAAGAAUUUCCAGAUAUACGGAAGAAGCAUGUCUCCACCCUGCUGAAUGUUCGAGGGAUGAUGCGGCAGGCAGAGCGACAGGAGAUCCUCAAUGUCGUCAAAGAUUUUGAAUGCAGCAGCACCCUCAUGUGCCGGGACCACGCCCUCUUUUCCGAUAUUCCCAUCACCUCAGAGGUGCACUGCAUCAGCCUGGGUUUCCUCCGCCUCGCCAUGACCGUCUCCAACUGGUUCUCAGAGCACCGGCCAAGACGGAGAGGCAGAGUAAGCAUCAGGAACGCUACACCUCAGCCUGCAGAGAAUAAGGAAGAUGCGACUAAACUUCACAGAGAAGACUAGCCACUAGUGUUUGUGCUAGGAGAGUAGUCACAGGCAUACUGCGAAGAUGAGAUGUACAUGCACCUUGACCAAAACUGAUUUUGUCACCAGCCACUUAAAAAAAACCUCAGGUACUGCACAUACUGUACAUCCUCAGUGACAAUUCUCCAUUUCCUCGUGUUCGCUUUUGCUUUAACGGUGAAACAAACUGUGUAUUUUAAUAACUCACCAUGAUUUACAGUACUUUGCUGUUUAUUUACACCUCUACAGAAGUAAACAAAAAAGAAUAUAUCCUCUGAAUGUAACAUCAUGUUCAUUAGUUUUUCAGCUUAAUUAUCAUUGCACAAAAAACUUCAAUAUGAUUUACAAUGUCUGCUCUUCAGCAUAUAUUUACCCAAUGAUAUAUACCCUUUCUCUGGUAUAUAGAGCAUAUGGAUGUACAGUACUGUGCAUAAAAAGUUAAAGACACUUGCUGUUGUUUAGCUGUUUGCUUCUUAUCCAGAUACCUGAUCUGUUAAAAAGUCAUUCUGCUGCGUGCAAUUAGGCCAAUAUGACGCUGGCUUUGGUGAUAAGAAAAACAAAGGGUCCUGAACAUUUGGACCUAAUCUGGGAUCAUUCUGACACUUACCGAUAUAACUGGCAAAUGUUGUGAGUGUUACAAAUGUGGAUAUAAGAUAAAGUGGACCUGUGGCUGAGCUGCAGAAGUCACAUUUGCACCAAAUCCAAUGAGGUGGGUCAGAUUUGGGCCAAACAUUCAUUGCUAUAUAUAACAUGAAAGAAGUCAUAAAAUAACUGUGGCAAGGUCUCCAAGAUCCUUUGAUCAAACAAAAGUGGUGCAGUUUUAUUGGUGUUUUUUCAUGACUGCACUUUGAAUUAAACUAAUACAGAAAAAUGCAAAAUUGCUUUAUUUUCUUCAAAACAUCCUCCAUUUACAUUUUACUUUUACAAUGUUUUCUUAGUACUGCAUAUUAAUUUUAUGGAAAUCUGUUGUGUCACUGUGAAUGAAAUGGAUCUAUUGCUGGAAACAUAAUAAAAGCCCAUUGACUGGGUCGAGUAAAGUGAUUCAGCAGCUAUGUCAUUGUGGGUUCAAAUUCUGUUUUGCAUUUCAGGUAAAAAAUGGAAUGUGUUCUACGUACUGACGUGCUUCAGUUGAGUUCAGUUUCAAUUUUAUAGCAAUCACACAAACCCCUACCUCAACCACUUGGCGAGAAGGAAAAACCCAAUUUUAACGGGAAGACUCAGCGAGGGGCAGCGAAUCGGAUGCAGUUGGUUGGAGCAGGAGAGACAGUGUUUAGUAAUUAUUAUUUAUUAAAUGCAGCAGUACUGUAUAAACAUACAGAGAGUGCAAAAAAUAGUGUAGAAGGAACCCUCGCUGCAUCAUGGGAAACCCCACGGCAGCCUAAGCCUAUUGCAGCGUCACUAAGGAAUGGUUCAGACUCACCUGAUCCAUCACUAACUAUCGGUUUGAUCAAAAACAAAAGUUUCAAAAGCAGUGACGGUGAAUUUUCUGAAUCCAAACCGGGAGCCGGUCCCACAGAUGGCUUAAUAAUGCUCGGCUUCUGACUAAACUUUUAUCAAAUCUAGGAACCGCACGUAAGCCACCAGUCUGAGAACAAGAUGCUCUGUUAGGAAAAUAAGGUGUUGUGUGACCUUUCAGAGCCUGAGUGUGUGGGGAAAGGUUUCAAAUUCACCUGUGAAUUUAACAGAGAGCCAAUGAAAAGAAGCUAAUAUGGGAAACACAUGGUUUCUUUUUAUAGCUCCAAUUCUGGAUUAACUGAAGACUUUUCAGGGAUCUGUUAGAGUGAUCUGGUAUUAAGGAAGCAGAGGAGUCGGGCCUAGAAGGUUAUUUACUGGCACCUCAAAAACCCGUGGUACAUGGCCUGAUAAUAAAGAUAAGUUAAUCAUAUUUACAAUUGAAGGAUUAAUUAAUGGUGGAACUUUAUUAAGCAGCAGGAAUGGGGUCUAAAAGACACAAUGAUAGUUUUUAGGAAGAACUGAUUGAAGUUAGCUUGUUCUUGGAUUGGUCUAAUAAAAUAUCAUCAUUUAUCAUAACAGAGCACUAAAUUAGACUUUAAAAAGUCUGAGAAAUCCAAUAGAAAUUGAGUAACUGUUAGAAUGGAUAUGCUUUUAGUCAGUUACUCUGCCAGCUUCUA